UAGCAAAAUUUUACGCAUAAUUUGCUGAGAACAAGAAUCAGGUUAGAAUCAAACUAUUAUAAACUUAUAUUUUAUUGAAGAAUCUUCUGUAUUUGAUUACUGUAUCUUAUUUUUCAUAGUUAAAAUAAGCAACCCUAAGUAGAGGUGGAAAACUCGACUGACAUUCAAAUUAAGGAUAGCAAAUUAUUCAAUUGCACUUUUCACGUUAUCAUUUUGCCUACUUAUAAAAAAUACAUGGCUAAAUGUUGAAGAAUUAUCAUUAAAUAGAUGCAAAAAAAUUGAAACUUGAUUAAUUAAUAAUUCCAAACUCUACAUGACUGAAUUAAUUCCUAGUCUAAAAUUAAUCCAACAGGCUUAUGAUUACUUACAUAAGUAAAUCAUUUCGUGAGUCAAUUGAUCUCUAACAGUAAGUUAUUAACAUAAUAAUUCAAGUAUUUUUUCUUUCAAAUAUUUCUAUCAGUCAGUCAAUAGAUCAAUAAGUAAACUAGGUUAAUCUAAUCAAGGAAGGAAAGCUUCAAAAUAUGAACUUGAGAUUCUGAAGCUCACAAUUGUCAGAUUGCAAGAAAUGCUAUUUUGACAGGAAUAUUUGGCUAUUUUUGCUCAGUUUUUUUUUAAUUUACAUCGCUUUAUUAUUUAGGUUAAUCAACUUUAAUUUUUUACAAAAUGACGAAAAAUCUUAACCACUGUGAUCUUGACUGUAUCAACUUUGAACCUGAAACUGAUUGUAAAUCUGCUUUUAGUGUUGAAAAAGCUUUUCAUUCUUUCAGGCAUCAACGUGAUAUCUUCUAUGAACUUUAUAACAAUUGGAAGAGUUCCCAAAGUCGACCAUCGCUGUUUUCAUCGACAGAUCCUGGGGAUGUUAAAAGUCAAUUCGAAUCAACUGUCAACCGGCUUUUAUCCUUUUCUCAUGACGCAUCAAAUAGCUACCAUUUGAGCAAAUUGUUUGUAUCACAAUUGAUUCGUACCUGUAUCAUGGGUGGUACCAAGGAUCUACUAUCAACCGAUCAACUUAUAUCGUAUAUUCAAAAUGAUAGAUUGAAGAAAUUACGUAAACGUUUAGAUCAUAGUAAUUCUAAACUUCAUUCAACGUUUAAUGAUGAAGAACGGUUUUUCCAUGAAUUUAUCAUCAACGUAAAAAAUUCCUCUUUUCAUCAUUUUCUAAAAUUGAUGCUGAUUCACAAAAUUUUAGAAACAAACGACUGUUCACCUUUAUCUGGUGAAAUUGACCAGGAUCUAGUUAGCAGCGAGCUCAACAAUUUGAAACCGAAAUUUAACCAACUUUCUCUGACUUUACAAGUGUUGGCAAAAUUUCUCGGCUUGGUUGUUUACUUACCAUUCCAGAUAAGUAAAAGCAACUCGCUUCAAUUUAUUGAAACUCAAGUAUUUUUGAGAAAAGAUGAAACUUGCUGCCUUAAUUUAAUUGGACUGUUGAAAGAAGCUGUGGAGGUGAAAAAACUUUCAUUAACUCUUCCAUGGAUAAUUCAAUUUCUACGACAAAUGGACUCUAUAUCUCCUCGACUUAAAUGUUAUCAAGAAAUCAUUCGUUUUAUUUGCAAGCUCGAUGAAAAUUUGCAAACCAACAAGAUAAAAUGUGAUCCAAGUACCAGAGCUUACCUUAUCAACAUCAUUGAACAUUUCAUCUCUGAUUAUAGAGAGUUCAAAUAUUUAGAAACUAGUUUUUCGAUUGGAUGCCCAAAGGAUUUAUCAUCUUCGAUUAUCAAUUUCGAUGAAUACAAAGGCUUAAUAGAUGACGACUCCUCUGGUACCACUUCAACUAUAUUAGCUCCUCCCGUCACCAGCCCUGUUAAAUCACCUCAAAAAGAUCAUAAAUUGACACCAAGAAAGAUUCGUCCAUUAACGCUAACAGGAACUUUAUCAAAUGGUUUAUCGUCUAUUCGACUGGAACAAUUUCAAGAAGACAAAAUGGAAAGUAGUCGGGAUUUAGUUCGAGAGCUUGAAAAUAACUUCUUGAGUCUACAUCCACUUUCAAUGGUUAAAGUAAUUGAUCUUGUUUCUGACCGAGUCUACUCUCGGUGCAUCAAAGAGCUUAAAAAUUCUGCGAUUUAUAAAGCAAAGGGAACAAUUUCUGAUUUUGAACCUGAUGGAACUAUUAGUUUAAAUCGAAAAAGUAGUGUUGAUACAAUCCGAAAAUUUUGUUCCGAUUUCGCUCACAAUUUUUGUGUCCAAGAAACAACUAAGAUUCUACCUUUGCUUCUAUCUCAACAUGAUUAUACUCAGGAUACAUUAGACUUUGCUGCCAAAUUAACAGCUCACAAAUCGUCUGAGAAAUGCUGCCAAUGGAUUGUUGGCAAUAUAAACCCUCAAUGGUUAAAUAAUCAUUUUAAAAGUUCAAAUGUACCUGUCGAGGAAUCGGAAAAAGAUGUUUAUGAUUUAUCUGGUCCUCUUGGUGUGAUACGAGAUCUUUUAAGAGAAUCUUUGCUCGUACGGAAAAAAUCUUGCCCUGAUUUGCAUAAAAGGACAAAGCUAUUAUUUUCUUAUCUUUCAAAAUUACGACAAGCCGUCAGUGCGGAAGAUAAAAUUUGUAAAACAAUGGACCAGUAUGUACUUGAUUUAGUCAUCUCGAUAAUCGUGAAUUUGCCAUCUCAAAUUGACAACAAAAUUUGUCAAUGUUGGUUUGAUUAUUGGAUUACAUUUAACAUCAAGUUGAAGAAGCUCGUCAGUGCCAGAAAUAUUAAACUGCUAAAUGGUGCAAACAACAUUUCCAGUUGGGAUAAAUUUUCUUAUUUUGUAACAAGAGCUAUUAAUUCUGGUAUAUAUUCAACAAAGCUCUUUGAACACGAUUGUCUCUCCGUAUUGGAGUCAAACAAAGAUGAUAGAUUAUUAAUAUCAUCAAUCAAAUCGGUUAUUUCCAAUCUACGAUCGAGUUCGAAUGAUCUAGCUGUACUUUCCAACUUUUUAUACCAGCUCGAUGAAAUUGAAUUCCCAGCACUAAGUUGAUUUUUUGUUGAGUUACUGCUAAUAGACGCCAUUAAAUUAUUGCCACUCAAAGCAAGCAAUGUAACCGGUUAUUUUGUAAUCAGUUUUUAUACCCCUAAAAACUCACAAAGUCCCAACUCUUAGCGGAUAAAUCGAAGUUUUAAGCCACCUCAUCGAUUCUAAACCACCUCUUGUUCGACAAACCGGAAUAUGUACAAUCGGUCCUGCCUCUCGAGAAGUACCGAAGCUUAUUCAAAUGAUGAAAGCCGGUAUGAAUAUUGCUCGAAUGAAUUUCUCUCAUGGAACUUAUGACUAUCAUCAAGGAACCAUUGACAAUGUUAGAGAAGCUGUUAGGCAAUUGAG